GGGGAGGCGGGAGGGGCUGGAGAAGAAGUACCAGGGGCGGCUGGAGGCUGCCUCGCGAGAGGUGGUGGCGGCGGCUAGCAGGCUGGCGGAGCGGGAGAGGGAGGUGACGCGGCUGAAAGACGCGCUGUCCCGGCGGGAGUGCGAGGCGGAGGAGGCGCGGCGGCGGGAGGUGGCGCUGAAGGAGGCGGUGGCGGACCUAAGGGCCUUUGUUGACGUGCUGACCACCGUCUGCAGCGACCCGCGCGAGGUGGCGGAGGUGCGCGCCUCGGAGGCGGCGCUGAGGAGCCAGCUGGCGGACUGCAGGCAGCAGCUGCAGGGUCACUCCCUGCACUCCGCCCUGCGCGACCUGGCGGCUGCCGAGCGGGAGGUGCGGGGGCAGCUGGAGCUGGCGGCGCUGGAGGCGGAUGAGCAGCGGGUGCAGCUGGCGGGUGCGCAGCGCACCUCCGCUGAGCUGGCCGCCCAGCUGGCGGACUGCCGGGCCGAGUGCGAGCUGUACACGCAGGAGAUUGAGGCCACCGUUGCCGCCUACGAGGACCUGCAGGCCCAGAACAGCCGCCUUAGUGCGGCGCUGGCGGAGCGGGAGGAGGCGGCAAAUGCGGGGGUGGCGGAGAGGAUAAAGCUCUCCCAGCAGAUCCCGCUGCUCACCGAGGCCGCCGAGUCCGCCCGCUGCGAGGCGGAGCGGCUGGGUCGGGAGGUGGAGGGGCUGGGGGCGGUGCGGGAGGCGCUGGAGCGGGAGGUGGCGAGGCUGGCGGGGGAGCUGGGGCAGGCCAAGGAGCAGCUGCGCGCCGCCUCCGUGCGUCUGGAGGCUGCUGGUCUGGACAUGCGGCGGCGGGAGGAGCAGGUGGUGGGGCUGCAGGGGCAGAUGGAGGGGCUGGCGCGGCAGCUGGAGCUGAAGAGGCAGGCGCUGGAGGAGGCGGACCAGAAGAACAUCAAGGAGAAGAGCAAGCGGCAGCGGGUGGAGGAGGAAAUCAAGUCCCUCCAAGGCAAGGUGGAGCGGCUGAAGAAGCUGCAGAGCCCCGCGGGGGUCACUCGGGAGCUGGAGGAGGAGGUGGACGCCAUGCGGCAGCUGCUCAAUUGCAACGUGUGCCACGAGCGGCAGAAGAACCGCAUCAUCACCAAGUGCUGCCACGUCUUCUGUGACGUGUGCAUCGACCGCACGCUCACCGCGCGCAACAGGAAGUGCCCGGGCUGCGGCAUCGUGUUUGCAAAGGGCGACAUCAAGACGUUCUUCUUCACCUAGCGCCCGGGCGGUCACCCACCCCAUGGUGGCGAGGUGCCUGGUGGGGUUGGUGUGCGAGAGGAGAGGGCAGCGCUUGUGCUCGGCUGCUGCUGCGGCUGCAGCUGGUGUUACGUUACUGCUUGGGCUGCUAGGCGGAUGGCUCAUACAGCUGUACAGAUGUUGUUCAUGUUGUUGUGUGGUUUGUGACGCGGUAUUGAGGUAUGGGGUGUUGAGGCUGUGUAGACGUAGGAGAUGUGUCCAGCCCAGCAGAGCUGCACGUGAUGGGGUUAGCGGCGUUGCAGCUGGAGGGGUAGGGGUGUCAGCAGAGUGUUGACAGAGGUGGGCGAAGUGUUGUUGAAGACUAUGUUGCGCUGCUGUGCGGAGACCGCAACGUAUGGUGACACCAAACGUUAGGUUUUCUGACUCACAUCUCGGUUGGGCGGAGGUGGCAUUAGGGGAGACGAAGACGUAGGCAUCUGCGUAUCCAUCUAUCGGGUUCGAUGUUGGAUUCCGUGGACGCGAUGAUGCAAACAAGUGUAUAACUCAAGCGUUGCUUUCUGAUGCUAACCAUGAUGCUGCCACGGUUUGAAGUGGUGGUGCUCUUGACCUGCCUGCGUUCCCGUUGCUGUCAGAAGAGCGAGGAGGCAAAUCUGUCUGCGGGAUCCUUGUAACGGCUAGAUGAAAC